AACAGUGUAGACAAGCUGCAAUCAACCAAUGGAGGCGACAUGGAUGAAAAGACAACGACGCGUCUAGUUUGACUGUGAUACAUUUCGCUGUCGUGAUGUGCCAUAAAGAGGCCAUAGUUAUUUCCCUAAAGGAGAAUGGAUACGUUGACCAAUGUUUCUUUCAUAGGAGCGUUGUUUAAAUAGCAAAGUCAAGGCAAUCGAUUCAAGUAUGAAGAUCUGGAGCACUGAGCACCAGUUCAGUUAUCCUUGGGAGACUGUUGUAAAAGCUGCAAUGAGGAAGUACCCCAACCCAAUGAACCCUAGUGUAAUUGGCGUGGACGUGCUGGACCGUGGUCUGGACUCUAGGGGGCGCCUUCACAGCCACAGACUCCUCAGCACUGAGUGGGGUCUGCCCAGUAUUGUACGAGCGAUCCUUGGCACCAAUCACACCCAGACAUAUGUCAAAGAACAUUCCGUAGUCGACCCAGAGGAGAAAAAGAUGGAGCUUUGUUCAACAAAUAUUACAUUGACCAACUUCAUCUCAGUUGAUGAAAGACUUGUCUACCACCCACACCCUGAAAACCCAGAUGUAACUGUCCUGACUCAAGAGGCCAUCAUCACAGUGAAGGGGGUUAGUUUAAGUAGUUAUCUGGAGAGUAUGAUGGCCCGGAGGAUGUCAGCCAACGCCAGAAAGGGUUGGGAUGCAAUUGAAUGGAUUAUUCAAAACUCUGAAAGAGAAAAAGUACCUCUCUGAUAUUUACUAACCCUGGUAACUUUUCCUUUUCAAUCUUUCUCUAUUAAAAUGUUAAGUUUAUUAUUUCCAAAUCUA